AUGCUCACUACGAGGCUAUUAGGAAAUGUCCGAGCAGUCGACGACAGCAAAGAAGAGAGUGCCAUCGCUAUAUCAGACAUGUCGAAGCUCAAGGAGUGGUUUGAAGCGCUGGUCAAACUCUCGUUCAGUGAAAGAAAGCAGUUCAGCAAUUGGCUAAAGGAGGAAAUAAAAACACCCGAAUACGUCUUCAGAUCUCUAAAGCUCGGUGCAGGAACGACAACUCCAAUGGCCAACCCCAACCUGCGGACGUGGAGUGCCUACAUUGUACUAUACAAUAAAGAAAACCCGACAAACAUGGUGAGAAUGCUUGGAAUAAUUACGGAGACGGAAAUCUAG